AUGUCUAACAAGUUUCACUGUGAUAUUUGUUCGUCGGAUUGUACGAAUCGGGUGCGUGUAUCAUGUGCUGAGUGCCCUGAAUAUGAUUUGUGUGUUCCAUGUUUCUCACAGGGCUUAUAUAACGGAAAUCAUCGACCAUAUCAUGACUAUAGGAUUAUAGAAACGAACUCAUAUCCAAUACUUUGUGAGGAUUGGGGAGCAGAUGAGGAACAGGCGUUGAUUCGUGGGGCACAGACGUUGGGAUUAGGGAAUUGGCAGGAUAUUGCAGAUAAUAUUGGCUCCCGAGAUAAAGAAGAGGUAUAUGAGCAUUAUGUGAAGUACUACCUUGAAAGUAAAUUCUAUCCUAUUCCAGACAUUACAAUGGAUAUCAAUGUUAAGCAGGAGACUUUUUUGGCUGAGCGGAAGCGUCGUAUUGAGAAGUUUCGGGAAAAGCCAUUACAACUACCAAGGAAGCCAGUGGCAUCGGUUCCGUCGUGCCACGAAGUCCAAGGGUUUAUGCCAGGGCGAUUGGAGUUUGAAAAUGAGUUUGAAAAGGAUGCAGAGGGGCCUGUUAAGGAUAUGGUUUUUGAUCCUGAUGACCAGCCUCUGGAAAUUGAAGUAAAGCUGGCGAUCUUGGAUAUCUACAACUCGCGGCUCACAACGCGUACAGAAAAGAAGCGGCUACUGUUUGAGAAUAACCUUCUUGAUUACCGCCGGCUACAGAGCAUUGAGAAGAAGCGGCCUAAGGAGCUCAAGGACAUGUACAACAAACUGAAAGCAUUUGCGCGAAUCAUGACGCCUCAGGAUUUUGAGCAAUUCAGCAAGGACAUCUUACAAGAGCUACGCUGCAGAACGCGAAUUGCACAAUUACAAGAAUGGAGAUCUAACGGACUUACUUCACUAGAAGCUGGACUUAAGUACGAACGCGAUAAACAGGCAAGACUCCAAGCCUUGGAGCGUUUUGGCUCUUCUAUUUAUUCUCUUUCCAAUUCCGCUGGCGCCAAUCGCUACCGCGCAUCCGCCGCACAUAGAUCGGGCUCGGAUUAUACACCUAACUACAACGAAGGCAACAAUAGAAAGAAAACAAUUACUGUUAGCGACAUCCAGCAUGGUGCUGAUUUUGGGUUAUUAUCACCCGAGGAGCAACAGCUCUGCAUGCAGCUAAAAAUACUUCCUAAACCCUAUCUGGCCAUUAAGGAAGUUAUGUUCAGGGAGCUACUCAGGACAGGUGGUAACCUGAAGAAGAAGCAAUGUCGUGAGUUGUUGAAUAUAGAUGCUGCCAAAGCCAAUAAGAUCUAUGAAUUUUUUGACUACCAAAAUUGGUUAUAA